UAAUUUAAUAGGAUGGGUCCAAACGACAAAGUCCAGUUAGAUACACUCUGUAUAUUCCGGCUAAAAUGCGCGCCGUGCGCAUUUGCAAACCAUCAACAAAGCCCUGAAUCUCAAUCCAUCCGACGCCGACGGUGAGAACCGGCCAGAAUCGAGAAUCUGAGACAGGGUUAGAAUCAGAGUGGAGAUUCUUCGCUAUGCUGGACGACGACGACGAUGAUAGUUUCGGCGACUUCAAUUUCGUUACAAACCAUCCCGAUCAGAUCAACAACCGAACUUCCUCCACGAGCAUCGAUGACGACGAUUGGGGCGAUUUCGUCGACCAUUCCUCUCAGAUCGCCGACGCUAUCGAUCUAUCCCGUCCCCAGCCUUCUCCCAAUUCAAACCCCUCCGACAUGUCCCCGAAGAUUCAGUGGGCGAAGCCUCAGGGGGCUAUUCCGCUUUCCAUUUUUGGUGAGGAGGAAGAGAAGGAGGAAUUGGGAUCUGGUGUAGUUGGUUCUAGUGUUGGGUUUGGAGAAAUUUCGUUUGUUGGGAAAGAGAGUGGUUCGGCUAAGAAGGGAGGGAGUUUGGGUGUUGGGGUUGGGAUUGAUGAUUUGAUUGCUAAUUUGUAUAGUCCUCAUCACCAGAUCAAAGCUGGAAGUCCGUCGAAAUCGAACAUGGAAUUCGAUCCUUUGAACUUCAACAAUUCCUUGAAUUUGAAAUCUAGUGUCUCCAAUUUGAAUGUCAAUGGUGUUUAUUCUUAUGGGAGCCAGACCAAUUUUGUUACCGGUGCAUUAAAUUUUGAAACUAAUGGAGUGAUGUCUAAUGGGUUCCAUUCUGACUUGACAAACGUCGGUGGGAGCAUUGAGGAUGAUUGUCAGGAGGUGGACGAUUUUGAUGGCUGGGAAUUUAAAGCUGCAGAGUCAGUUACUCCAACGGGCGAUGAUCAGAAAUCAAAGGAAGAACUGGUUUUUGAACCAUUCCAUUUGAAGAUGGAGCCUACAAUGCAAAUUGAAGUUGCUAUUCAGGUUGACAGCACAAACCAAGAAGGUUUUGAUGGAGUGGCACAGGCAUUUGAAUCUGCAAUCAAUGGGCAUAACCAUGUAGAUUCGGUUGUUCAAUCAAAUGGAGCUGUUAACAACAUAGAUGACAGGGACUUUGGUUUUAGUCUUGAUGCAAGUUCUGUGGCCCAACAUGGUGUCUUAUCAAACUCACAAAAUAAGAAUGGUCAGAAUGAUCUAGGUACUGGCUUAAACCCUUCUCCUAUUGAUCGGGAUGCCAAUGGUGGUGGACAUGUGUGGGAUUUCAAGGAUGCUUUUUCUGAUGCAUCAGGCUAUAAGUUGGAAGAGUUGAAGCCUGUCAUCAUUCCUCCUAAUGGUGUAGAGGUGCUUGUUCUGAAUGGCAGUGUUGAUUUAUUUGCUCCUGAUGGGAUUUCUCACAAAUCUAGUGAACAACAAAAUUUUGACUUAAAUUUUGAUCUGAAUUGGGGGAAAGAAGAUGGAAAGUUUUUUCAUGGAAACCAGGAUGACAACUUCCAUGAUACCAGAAAAGAUUUAAACACUUCUCUAGUUAAUGAGGAUGAUGAUUUCAACGAGAAUAUUUGGGAUUUCAAGUCCGCACUUUCAGAUUCUGGAUCAAACAAUAAGGGAGAGGCAGUUGAAUUUGUGGCUGAUCCCGAAGCACCUGCUUUUGGUUUUAGUAGUAGUAUUCAGAGGAGUUCAGAGUUAUUGUCUAGUCACCAGAAAGCCCUGCCCUUGUCAAUUUUUGGAGAUGAGGGUCUGGAAACUACUGAUGAUUUCUCAAUGAAUCAAGAUGCUUCUACCUUUAUUACUGUCACCCAUGAAGGACUUGAUAACAAAAAACCUGGUUCUAGUGUAUCUAUCAAUGACUUGAUAUCAAGUCUAUACAGUCAAGCUGAGAACAAUGGUUCCAUCAAAUCUUCCCCAGAAGAAAAUGAAAAUGGAAUAAAUUCAUCUCCAAGGAUGUCACACUCAGAUUUUGGCAAUGAUGAUGAUGAUGAUUCCUGGGAGUUUAAAGAUGCAUCACCAGAUGUUAACAUGCCAGAUCAAACAUACGUUUCUAUUCUUGGAGAUUUACCCCAGCUGUCAUCUACUAAACUUCAGUUUGAUUGUUACAUGGAUUUUUAUCACAGAUUAAAUGUUGUUUUGAACCAUGUUGUUGAUGGCCUUCUUGAGAAUUUAAAGAAAGUCCAGAGUAAUGCCCCUCUUUCUGGUGAAGAAGCAAAAGUAAGAGCCAUUUGUGAAGAAAUUCAGAAUUUCAGUGCUGAACUGUCACAAGAGAAUAUUACAGCUGACAACUUCUCAUCAGAUCUUCUCCUUCCAAAAAACAAUACUUUUGGUGAGCUCUUUGAGAUGUUGCGGGAUCCAAGGUUUCAAAUUCUUGAUGAAGAAUUCCGGUUGUCGGAAAGGUUACUAUUGGCAGAAAAUGAUUUGAGAUCAGCUGUUGAGCUCUUGAAACACGUUGUGUCGACUCUGAAGAUUCUUAAACUUGUAUCAGUGGAGGAGCAAUCUAAUUAUGUUUCCAUAUGGAAUGAAAUGAUGUUUAUUUGCUUUCAAGAAUUAAAACACGGUGCUUUGAUUUGGAAGGAAUCUGUACAGAGAAAUGUUGAAAGUUACAUAUUAUCUGAACCUCAAGGAAAACAAUAUAUCUGCGCCCUUGGAGAGAUUUAUAGGGUAGUUCAAGUGCUUAGAGCCUCAGUUGUACUUUACAAGCCAUGGAUAUUGUUAGGUCAGGUUGGUCCCAGUGGUUUGAUUUCUCUUCUGAAUGAGUGCUCCAGUAUUUGGCUGAGUUCAGGACUCGGUGGAGCUCUCUGCAAGAUAGAUGGUCCUAUUGAUUGCAAAGCAUUAUUGGAUUCCAUCAAUGUUAUUCAGAAUCUUGAUGAAUGGGGUUUGAGAAAGCAUGUUCUCUUGGGACAACAACCUACUUGUAAUCUGUCACUCUUAAGUGCUGAAUCAAUUCCAGGUAUGGAUUUGGUGGUCUGGAAUGGGGAGAACUACUUUUUGAAGCUCGCAAACUUAUGGGCAAAUCUAAUAGGUCGUGAUCCUCCAUUCAUUCAACACUCGAAUAAUAGGAGAUAGAGGAUCAAGCCAUAUUGUUUUGUAUAAUAGUCUGGAUGAUGUGGCUGUUGCUAUUUUCUGCGACAUCAGCUUUUGUUCCAGCUGCUCAUCCGCGUUGAUGUUUAAUAUGCAAUGCUAGAUGAUUUCAAGAACUUUCUGGGUUUUCAAGAAGAUCAAAUAAAUCAAAUCCAGGUUUCUUGGCAUUCAGUUUCCAACCCAUACUCUGCCAUUCUUUAGAAGAGCUACUGCUUAGCAACUCGACGGUGUUUCAUAUCUGUAUCAUAUUAUGAUUUAUGCAGUCCAGAACUGGAUGGAUUCAGAAUACCACAUACAUAGAGAGAUUUUCGUCAUGUUCGAGAUCAUUUUUGUUACAAGGUAUAUGUAUUCUUUUCCUUUUUAAUCCUUUUGGUUCUUGUUUAAAUGUUACGUUUCUAGUUCAGAAUCCCAGAAUCAGAACAAGAUCUGUUUAUCAGAGAUGAACUUUGUACACUGUCUGUAUAUAUAGUUUUUCCCAGAAUCAUUGUGGUAUUUAUAGUAUGUGAAGGUAAUUGAUUUUAUUUUUCCUAUUGUUUUAA